CGCCAGAGUGCCCCAGGAGGUGAUUAGGCUGACCCGGAGGUGGCGGUGGAAAGGAGCCAGGAAGCCGUGCUGCACUGCUUCCUAUCUGAGUGACUUAGUGCAAGUCCCGGCACCUCUCCUCACCUCAGUGUCCUCAGCUCCACGGUCCUGAGCCAUGGGGCGCCGCUCCCUCCUGCUCCUGCUCCUAGCUUUCCUAACUCCUGGGGCCUCCAGCCCCGUAUCGCCGUCACUGAGGGCCCCUAGCAGCUUGCCCUGGUCAACCAGAUUCAGAUCCCGCCCCACUAUUACCCUGAAGUAUUCGAUUCGCUACAUCCAACAGAAGGUUGAUCACUUUGGAUUUAAUAUCGAUAGAACUUUUAAACAGCGGUACCUAAUAGCUGAUAACUACUGGAAGGAAGAUGGUGGAUCAAUACUUUUCUACACUGGUAACGAAGGGGACAUUAUCUGGUUUUGCAAUAACACGGGGUUCAUGUGGGACAUAGCUGAGGAAAUGAAAGCCAUGUUGGUGUUUGCUGAACAUCGGUACUAUGGAGAGUCCCUACCCUUUGGUGCUGACUCCUUCUCGGAUUCCAGACACUUGAAUUUUCUGACAACAGAACAAGCUCUGGCUGAUUUUGCAAAGUUAAUCAAAUACUUGAAAAGAACAAUCCCAGGAGCUAGAAAUCAACCUGUCAUUGCCCUAGGGGGCUCUUAUGGUGGCAUGCUUGCAGCCUGGUUCAGGAUGAAGUAUCCUCAUUUGGUGGUUGGAGCUCUUGCAUCCUCUGCCCCCAUCUGGCAGUUUAAUGAUCUGGUGCCUUGUGACACAUUUAUGAAGAUUGUAACUACAGAUUUUGGCAGAAGUGGCCCAAAUUGUUCAGAGAGUAUCCGCAGGUCCUGGGAUGCCAUUAGUCGACUUGCAAAAAAGGGCCCUGGCUUGCGUUGGCUUUCUGAGGCCCUUCACUUAUGCACUCCGUUAACAAAAUGGCAGGAUGUUCAGCAUUUGAAAGACUGGAUCUCUGAAACCUGGGUGAAUCUGGCAAUGGUGGACUACCCUUACGAGUCCAACUUUUUACAGCCUUUGCCUGCUUGGCCUGUCAAGGUAGUGUGCCAGUAUUUCAAAUAUUACAAUGUACCUGAUACCCUGAUGCUGCAGAAUAUUUUCCAAGCUCUGAAUGUGUAUUACAAUUAUUCAGGCCAGGCGAAAUGUCUGAAUGUCUCAGAGACAGCAACCAGCAGUCUGGGAGUCCUGGGUUGGAGCUAUCAGGCCUGUACAGAAAUGGUCAUGCCCACCUGUUCUGAUGGCGUUGAUGACAUGUUCGAACCUCACUCGUGGAACAUGAAGGAAUAUUCUGAUGACUGUUUUAAACAGUGGGGUGUGAGACCGAGGCCCUCUUGGAUCCCUACUAUGUAUGGAGGCAAGAACAUCAGUUCACACACAAACAUCAUUUUCAGCAAUGGUGAACUAGACCCCUGGUCAGGAGGUGGAGUAACCAAGGAUAUUACAGACACCUUACUUGCGAUCGUCAUCCCAAAUGGAGCCCAUCAUCUAGAUCUCCGAGCCAGCAAUGCUUUGGAUCCUGUCAGUGUGCAGUUAACUCGCGCCUUGGAAGUUAAAUACAUGAAGCAGUGGAUCAGUGAUUUCUAUGUCCGUCUGAGAAAAAUGAACUGAGUAACUUUUGAUCAUUUUCAGUUUCUUCUUUUAAGUUCAUUCCUCCUACAUUUCUAUUCACUUUGGCUUUCUGUGCAUAAUUACUUCCCCUUGUUCAUUAAAUCUGGUGUGGUGAAGACUGAGAUAGAGCAAACGUGAUGGUGGGGAUAGCACCAUCCCAUGACCCGAGUCCUCACUAUCCUUGUGCCACCUCCAGGGAGAAUCUCUUCACCACAGCUUUCCCACACCAUCCACGGCCUUCAUAACUGGAGCAGAGUAUUGAUUGCCUUUCACAAGAGGGAGAAUCGCUUCUUUUGUUUCUCUGAAAGCAAGGAUUUCUCUUGGUUUUGAAGUUGAAGUCUCUUUGGCCCGUUUGUCACUUGCCCCUUUUCUACCCUCCCAAAGGAAAAGAAGAAGAUGGAUAAAAAUGAUGUAAUUGCAGCUGGUAGGAAGGAUAUCCAAUGCCAAACCAGGAAAUGGGAGUCAUUUCUUUUGUGCUUGAUUCAAUAACUUUGAACUGUGCUGUAAAUAAAGAAUAGGGCUGGACCUUA